AUGACAGCCUCUGAGUUCACUGCUGUGAUUGACCUACUGAGAGCACUGACUGAAGAAGUUAAACAAAUGAAGUCUAAACUUCAGGGUAUAGACGAGCUGAAGGAAAUAAAUGGAACCCUCCAGAAGCAGUCAGAACUGUCUUUUGAAAACAUAGACCAAUUAUUAAAAAUGAAAACACUUCUAGAAGAGCAGAAAACGCACGUAGAAAAACUAAUCCUAGAAAACAAUACCUUUAAAAACUAA